CAUGGAAGGACAAAGUAACUGCAACUUCGUGCAACAAACAAAUUUGGGUUAAUUUGCGUUACCUCCCCUGAAGAAGAUCAUAAUUUGAGUUACCUCCCCUACGGAACAAAUAUUAGUAAAACCUCCUCUCGUCACUUUUUCCAUCCAAACCCGGUUAGCUGAGAAGAUCAUAAUUUGAAUUACCUCCCCUAGAGAAGAUCAUAAUUUGAGUUACCUCCCCUAAGAGCAUCCAGCUGUACGAAGCAGCUGACUCGGCUAACCGGGUUUGGAUAUAAAAAGUGACGAGAGGAGGUUUUACUAAUAUUUGUUCUGUAGGGGAGGUAACUCAAAUUAUGAUCUUCUCCAGGGGAGGUAACGCAAAUUACCCCAACAAAUUUUGUUGAUGUGGGAAACCCGAAAAUCCAAGCAAGGAUUGUGAGGAGUUGGGAAGAACUCUCUUUCUACACCAGUGAAAUUUUGAGUCUCGAUAUGCUACUCAUCGACAGCAAUGGAGCAACUUUAUCUGCAUCUGUACCGAAGAACAUGAUAGGGAAAUUUGGCUCCCUAUUUCAGCACGGAAGAAUCUUCUCGAUUGAAAAUUACGACGUCAGAGGGGCAAAACAAACUUAUCGCCCUGUGGACACCAAGCGCAUAAUUGUGUUCACACCAAGCACAGAAGUCAGGGUACUGGAUGCAACUCGGGUCUCCAUUCCUGACUACAAAUACACAUUUGUAGAGUUUGAAUCCCUUCCAAAACAAUUGGAAUCCGGAAACUCAACCCUGACAGAUGUUGUCGGAAAACUGUCGUCUAUCGCCCCUGUCAAAGUUGUAACUCGGUACGAUGGAAAGAAAAUAACAAAGCGGGAAAUCAGCAUUGAAAACAUGAGGGGCAAGGUGAUAAAAAUCACGUUGUGGGAAAAUUCAACUGCCCUAAUCAGUAGAGAAAUUAUCCAGAGCCACUCGAAGCCAGUCAUCUUGAUAGCAGUUUCAACCUACGUCAAUGAAUUUAGAGGCAAGUACUCACUUGCUUCCACAAAUGCGACAAAGCUCUACUACAACUUAUCUAUCCCCGAAGUCGAGCAAUUGACAAAGAGGUCAAUUGUACCGAUAAGGGGAAGAUCCAUGGUGGGCGAAUCGGCAAUUCAAAACCGAAAAAGUAUUUUGGAAUUACAGGAUGCUGUAUGGGAUCCCAAAAAACAGGAGAACAACAUCUUCAGUUGCAGAGCUACUAUCCAAAGUAUCCUUGACCUACGGUCCUACUCAUCCUGUGAAAAGUGCAGCAAGAAGGUAGAGAUACGUGGCAAUAAGACUUGGUGCACAACAUGUCAAAUGGAGGUCACAGCGGUGCCUAGGUACCAUCUAGAAAUGGAGGUGCAGGACUCCACAGGCAGGACUAGCUUUGUAGCAUUCGACAGAGAGGUGGAAAACUUGAUCCUGGCCGCCCCCACCACAGGCAUGUCAAAGAUAGAGCAGGGAGAUCAUCCUGCAAAGGAAUUUGAAACCCUUUAUCUGCACCAUCAGCUGGAAUUCCAGAUCAAGCUUACUGAAUUUAACAUGAAACAGCAUGUCAAAACCUUCACUGCCCAAAAGAUGUUCCAAAUACAUAAUGGUGAAGCUAAAGGUGCAGAAAUGAUGAACUCUGGACCAAAUUUUCAGGAAAUGAAGGACACUGACGGGAUCAGCGUUGAAGAAACGGAAACCAAAGGGAAAAGGGUGACAACUAGUGAUGCAGAAAGCACUGAACCAAAGAAUUCCCAGACCUACAAACAUAUUCUCAGUACUAUCUAUUGAGUUAACGUAAUAUACAAGUACUUGUUAUGUAUAAGUUGUAGAGUUUCCUUUCAAUAGAUUUCUUGUAUCUUAGGAACUCCAAACUCUACAAGUUAUACAUAACAAGUACUUGUAUAUUACGUUAACUCAAUACUAUCAAGACCGAACAAAAGAGCCCUGAAUGUGAAGGGAACCCACCAAAAAGGCUAUGCGUGAGACAGAUUGGAGUAACUACUGACCAAAAAAUGAUAAAAGCUGAAGAAUGAGCAUACAACCCUUCUCUAUUUGGUUGCAUUUUUUCUUAUACUAUGUUGUACUUCUUCUUGCUUUCAGUCAUUUCUUAAGAAAUUUUGGGCGGCCGAUAUAAGCCCCCGAUUUUGACAGUAUAUAUUUGUCCUCCCACGGGACAAGGCCACCCCAAGUCGACUCUGAACCCCAAAGACUCUUUAGAUAACAGUCUAACCAAAACCGAUUUACAUUGAAAAAAAAUUCAAUCA